AAAAUAAAAAACUCAAAGCUUAUCUGAAAUUUUAACGGACGUCGUUGAUUGUUAGUUCGUAAGCUACAAAAGAACCCCAGGAUCUACUCUCAGCUUUUAAACGACAAUGGGCUGCUGCGGGGACGAAGAAAACGACGACGACAUCCUCAACCCUCUCAACCCCACCACCACCACCGAAAUCCUAGACUUCUCCGACUCCACCAUAUCUCCGAUGAACUCUCACUUCUCGGCCUUGACUUGCCGCGACACCCUCCGCCUCAUCUUCGAGAAGCUCCCGAUUCCCGACCUUGCUCGCUCCAGCUGCGUCUGCCGAGUCUGGAACUCGGUCGCCUCCGAUCAGGAGAUCGUCACCAGAGCCUUCAAAGCCCCUUGGAAUCUGAAGCAUAUCAUCGGAAAGCCAGCAUCUGGAAACUUCUGGAGAGACAAUUCUCUCGGAAAAUUCGCCAUCUCGCACCGGAUUGUCCGUGGCGACAGCAUCGCCAGUCUCGCCGUCAAGUAUUCUGUUCAGGUGAUGGACAUAAAGCGUUUGAACAACACGAUGAGCGAGCACGGAAUAUACUCUCGUGAGAGAUUGCUGAUCCCGAUAAGCAAUCCGGAGAUGCUUUUGCAGGCUACUUGCUAUGUUGAAGUGGAUACUUGUGCUAAGAGAGAAGUGGCUGUGCUGUAUUUGGAUGGCGGCCCUGAGCUCCACAAAACGACCAGCAAUGGCAGCUCAAGCACGUCUUCUUGCUCUGCAACUGAUUUGCAGAGUAAGAAGAGGGUGAUUGAGUCACUGAGGAGAAGCAUGCAAGUUGAUGAUGCCACUGCUCACUACUACUUGACCAUUGCUGAUGGUGAUCCAAGAGCUGCAAUCUCUCAGUUCUCCCAGGACCUCAGAUGGGAAACCCACCUGGGCUUUGCUUGAUACAGUAAUUUCUACUUUGGAAACCAUGAAAGUUAAAUACCCAUGGAGGGUCUCCAAGGCAAACCCUAGUUUUGAAGCAUUGCAAGCCUCACUAGCCACUGGUUUUGGGAGAUUUGAUGAUAACUAUAAAAUAAAAAAAAGUGUUUAGAUUCAUAUUGUUUUCCAGUUUAUGAUGCUCAUUUCAUCAUCAACCAAUGGACCAAAAUGUGUAUGGAGUCUUAUGAUUUGCAAUUGUAAAAUAAAGCCUACCACCUACCUACUUGUGCUUUGUACUCCAAGGGAGAUGUCAAAUAC